AUGACCAGCUCAGGUGAGAGAGCUCCUGAAAUCAAGGAAGAGAUGCAAAGUGGUACAUGGACAACUGAGUUGGGAACCGAUAAGGCCCCGCAAAAGUUCAAGGAUCAAGUGAUGUCAAACCUGGAAGCGAGGAUGCCUCACAGGGCCUUGAUACAUAGAGGCCGAGAGACCUACCAUCGACAUCCAGACACGGCAGUCGCGUCUCGCAAGCGCAAGCUUGCGCAGAUAUCAGAACACCGAGGGUCCUACUCUACCGGUGCGCAGGAUGCACAGCUUAGAGAAACAGAUCCAGCCAUCUUCAUAGUCGCCUACGAGGCGGAUGUCAUCUGUGGAUCACAACCACCAGCAGCUCGCGCCCUAGAGAUCAUGAUUGAUGAACCCACCUCGGGUCUGCAAGGGAUGAAGGCAGGAGAUAGCUCGUUGAGAUGGGAAGGAAGUGGAAACCAUACCGACGAUUCAGGGGAUGCGUGUGUAGAUAGAUGCGAUGAUCAAUUGACUGUGGAUGCUUUACCUCCAACGAUUACCCAACCUUCUGUCUCAAUACAACCUGGCUCACCGUCAGGGUGCUCUGACCUGCCUUCUGACGCCGAAGACACCUUACUCACAGCUGAGGAGAUUGAGGAUCUUCGUCGUGAGAAGCGCCGCAAGCGAAUUGCUCAGAACCGAGAGGAUCGAUUGCGAGCGCUGCAAGCUAGAGAAGGUGAGGUGAUAGACCCUCCAGAGGAUGAAUGGGGCGGUAGUGAUGAGGAGCCUGACGAACCUCAGAAAGCUGUCAUGCGUCGGACAGCGACGCACAUACUGUCUUCUUCAAACGCCGCGCAGUUGGAAAUGCGAAUAUUGGCCAAUCACGGUGCGGACUCACGCUUCGCGUUUCUACGUGGACGAUGGUCGCGGACGUGGGCUUUGAUCAAGGCUAAAAUCAAGAAGGAAGCAGAGGAGGCGAAGGAAAAAGAAGAGAGAGAGAAAGGGUUGGGCGGGCUGAUGCGUUAUGAGGGGAGCGACGAUGAAGAUUCACAGUCAGAGAGUUGCAAGGGUGCGGAAGGCGCAAGUCAGGUUGAGCAACUAGUGAGUUCACAGAUAACGGAGACGGAAGGAUCAACGGUCCGGGGGCCAGCUAAGGUCUCCGCUGAUGAGGAUGCUGUGAAGGAGGCACGGCGUGUGCGUGCUCGAGAGUGGGCCAAGAAGAGGCGUGCAUCUAAGGCUUGGGAACUAGGAGGUAACAAUACAAAGCUGGACUAAGAAAUCGUCUACGAGUUCUUACAGACAGCGGCACGGGGCCUCUAAUAAUACAAUACUGGUUGUAAUAGAGGCAUAUAGUAUAUCCAUUUCGCCGACAUA